GGCUCGGCUCGGUUCGGCUCGGCUCGUCUCAGAGGAACAGCCUGGCAGCGGGUACAGUAGUAUCAGCUGUUGUAGUAGACCUGUGACCGCGGAGGAAAGAUGGCGGCCCCUGCUCUCUCUAGUCGGGCUGGCUCGGCGGGCAGCCUCGGGAACAGCCCCACCAUGGCCGCCGGCAGGCUGCCUCACAGCGGCGGCGGCGCCGGGCCCGAACUGGACUUCAGGUCGGCGGCCCGCAUGGAGGACCUGAACCGGCUCAUCCAGGAGUUCAGCAAGCACGACCAGCGGGAGUACGACGACCAGCGGGCUCUGGAGAUCCACACGGCCAAGGACUUCAUCUUCUCCAUGCUGGGAAUGGUCCAGAAGUUGGACCAGAAGCUGCCGGUAGCUAACGAGUACCUGUUGCUGUCGGGUGGCGUGCGGGAGGGCGUGGUGGACAUGGACCUGGACGAGCUGAGCGUGUACGCCCGCGGGACGGACUACGACAUGGACUUCACCCUGCUGGUCCCGGCGCUGAAGCUCCACGACCGCAACCAGCCCGUGACGCUGGACAUGAGACACUCGGCGCUCGGCCACUCGUGGCUCAGCCUGCGCCUCUUCGACGAGGGAACCAUCAACAGGUGGAAGGACUGCUGCACCGUGGUCGACCACAUCAGUGGCACGGUGAACUACUUCUUCUCUCCGACGCUGGUGGCCGACUGGUUCCACCAGGCGGUCUCGCUGGUGCUGCUGGAGGUGCAGAAGAAGCCGCAGCGGGGCGUCCCGCGGGUGGAGAAGGUGCAGCGGAACGGCACGGUCAUCUCCGUCAUCCUGGGCGUGGGCAGCAGCCGCAUGCUCUACGACAUCGUGCCCGUGGUGUCCUUCAAAGGCUGGCCGGCCGUGGCGCAGAGCUGGCUGAUGGAGAACCACUUCUGGGACGGCAAGAUCACCGAGGAGGAGGUGAUCAGCGGCUUCUACCUCGUCCCCGCCUGCUCGCACAAAGGCCGCAAGGAGAACGAGUGGCGGCUGUCCUUCGCCCGCAGCGAGGUGCAGCUGAAGAAGUGCAUCUCGUCCAGCCUGAUGCAGGCCUACCAGGCGUGUAAAGCCAUCAUCGUCAAGCUGCUGUCGCGGCCCCGCGCCGUGAGCCCGUACCACCUGCGCAGCAUCAUGCUGUGGGCGUGCGACCGCCUCCCCGCCAACUUCCUGAGCCAGGACGACUUCUCCGCCCACUUCCUGCUGGGCCUGAUCGACGACCUGCAGCACUGCCUGGUCAACAAGACGUGUCCCAACUACUUCAUCCCUCAGUGCAACAUGCUGGAGCAGCUGUCGGACGCCGACGCCAUGCUGCACGCCCGCAAACUCUCCUCGGUGCGCUCGGACCCGGCCGAGCACCUGCGCAGCACCAUCGAGCACGCCAAGGCCGCCAACCGGCUCACGGUGGAGGUGCAGUGGCGCGGAGGAGGCGCAGGCGGCAGCGCCACAGGCAACCCGCCCUCGCCGCAGUCGGACGCCGGCGGCGACAGCCAGCCCGACGACCGGCUGGCAAAGAAGCUGCAGCAGCUCGUCACCGAGAACCCCGGGAAGUCCAUCUCGGUGUUCAUCAACCCCGACGACGUGACGCGGCCGCACUUCCGCAUCGACGACAAGUUCUUCUGAGACACGAAACAAACUGAGACACAAACGUUCUCUUCUUUUCCUCCUCCUUCUUCUUCUUCUUCUUCUUCUUCUUCUUCUUCUUCUUCUUCUUCUCCUCUUUGCCUUCUCGGGACUCUAAUAGAGACUCGAGACCCUAUUCUUUGGACUCGUGACCUGACUUAGACUCGCAGACUGAUGACUUGGACUCGAGGAUAUAUACAAUCGACUCGCAUUGAUGAAAAAGGACUAAGACGUUGGAUGAAGUUUCUGACUAAAUAGGUUCUGAGAAACUUUCUCUUCUCCUUCUCCUCUCUGCCUUCCCAGGGUACCUUCAGGGUACCUGCCAGGUUUUUAACGUGUUAAACGAGACUAAGAUCAGAAUCAGAACUACAUUUAUUGUUAGGGUUGGGUAUCGUUUGGGUUUUUUCCGAAACCGGUGCUAAAACGAUACUUUCAAAACCGUGCC